AGACGCUAUAGUAAUUCGUAUUUUUAUAAAUCGACAACGGUCAAACAUUAAACGGUAGACGGUUCGAAAGGCGUGUUUUUGAAAUGUAGUGGAUGACGAGUUGGCCUGAAACCGAUCGUUCGAUAAUUAAUCAUCGAGCUAGUUUAUUGUCAGUCAAUUAUUAAACGACAUUGUUAAUUCUAUUUUAAUGAAAUGAGUAAAGCAACGGACGACGAUGAGCGUAGAAGACGCGCUUUGGAAGCAGGCAGAGAAAUGCUCGAAAAGUACAAAGUAGAAAGGGCUAAGGUUCAAGGCACCAGUCACAGCCAGAUGGGCGAAGCAUCGGAUGAAGAAUCUUUACACAAUGACAAGUCUCUUGGACGCAGAGAAUCUUACGCACACGAGGGUAUAUCAUCUAGAGAUGUGACGCAAAGCAGCGUUAGCAUGAGCGAAGGAGAAGCGGACGGGGAUUUGGAAGGCCUCGCAGGAAGGAUAGCUCAGUUGGAAGAGUUAUUGCAAGGGAAGGAGGCUAUAGUCGAGGCCUUAAACGCAGAAAUAGAUCAUUUGAGAGCAGAAACCUCGUCCCCCAAUUCUUCUCAGAGUCAAAACAGCAGUAUACAUAGCAGAGACGUUAUAUCCUUGUACCAUAUAAAAUUGCAAGAGUUUGAAAAAGCAGUGAAUCAGCGUGAUAACCUGAUAGAAGAAUUGACAUGGUCUGUGCAGCAUGCGUUGUCUGCGAGAGAUAAUCUGGCAGCCCAAGUGAAUUCUUUAAACGCCAUGCUGGAAAAUGCUAAUGCAGUAAGUAACAAGAAUUUGCAAGAAAAGAUUGAUACUCUGGAAAAUACUUUGAGCGAUCAAAAGUCGACGAUACAGAAAUUAAACGGUCAAUUGAUUCAAAUUCAGGAGCACGUGCAAACGUUAGAAAUGGAGAAAGAAACCCGGAACGCGGAGAUUAACGAUUACAAGCUGCAAAUAGGUAAUCUUAACGAGCAGAUACGUCUUGGCGCGGCUGAUAAAAAUUUAAACAUCGCCGAGACUUUGGAGCAACAGAAGCAAUACGAGGCGCGCGUUGACAAGAUAAAACAGGACAUGCAGCAUAUACUGAAAAAGUUCACUGCCGAGACGAACAUAAAUACAGCGCGACAUCAACAGGAAGUGAAAGAUUUAGUUGCGAAGCAUGAAACAGAGGUAGUAAAUAUCCAAGAGAAGUACGAAGAACGUUUGAAACAAUUGAAAGACGAGAAUAAAAUAUUAGCUGAUCGUUUGAACAAGGAACUGCCCGAUUUAGAGAGCAGGCAUGCUAAGGAACUUUCAAUAUUCCAAACUCAAUUGGCUCAUUACAAAAAGACUGUCGAGGCUCUGAAACUUGAACUAGUAAAUCGUUCUGAAUCUCAGCAAACAGCACAGGCUGAAUUGAACGAAUACAAAUCAAAAUUGAACGAGACGAAAGUGCAAUCAGAAAGGACCAGACAUAUACAAAACCUGGAGCAUCAGAAAGAGAAGGAGAUGUUAACUGAGCAGAUCAAGUUGCACAAGCUUCAGUUGGAGGAGAUGACAUCGAAAUACAUUGCCACCAGUGCGGUCUUGGAAUCGAAGGAGAGCAUCGAACGUUCCCUGGAGCAAGCUUUGACGAGUGCUGCGACGUUGAAAGAGGAGAAUGAAAGUCUGAAGUUCAAGCUGGACGAUUUGUCGUCGAGAUACUCGGCUGCCCAGUCGUUGAUCGAAAACAGCCAGGCACACGAGCGUACGUUGAGCAACAAAAUCUAUGAUUUAGAGAAAUCCUUGUCCAGACUUAGUGGCAUUAACGUGAGCACUUUGAGCGAGUUGAACGAAACCACGUAUCAGACUUUCGACGAGGUCGCUAUUCAGUAUCAGUUAACGAAGCAGAGGCUCGAAGAGAAGGCUGAAUUGGAGAAGCUUUUGGUUCAGAGAAUCGAGAAUCUGGAGAAGGAUGUUCGCAAGAGCAGGGAAGAGCUGGAGCAAGCGAAUCUUGUUAAGAAAUCUUAUGAAAAGCAGCUGAAAGAUAUGAAGAAUACCUGCGAUAAGUACAGAUCAGAGCUCGGUUCUCUGAGAAACGAGAGUGGUCAGAGUUCCUUUCAGCUCGACGAGGAGAAGAAAUUAUCUAGUCAGAAGCAUAACGUUGCUGAUAUGCUGCGUAAAACUGAAGAGGACCAGCAAGAGAUCAAGAAGCUCAAAGCGAUUCUCGAGCAGAAAGAAACGGAACUAUCAGAGUCUUUAAAGAAAAUGUAUGAUUUAUCAGAAAGAUUGAAGAAGUCAGAAGAAGAGACCGAACAGCUGAAACAUGGACUGGCCUCAGCGUGGGCCCAGUGCGCAGAGGUUGAAGAGAAACUGAAUCAGACUUUAGCGUUGAGUGACAGCAAGCUUGAUGUUUCUGUGCCAUCGUCAAGUUACAGCAGUGCCUUGAAGCAAUUUAGGCUAGGUAGAGUUGCGAAUGAAUCUGUAAAUACUUCCCAUGAUCAGAGCAUGGAUACGAACAAAAUCUUGUACGAUAAGGAUGAACAAACUGACAGCGAGAGCAGAGCAAGGUUGCAAGCAAAACUAACGUCUGUUUCUGAAGAAAAUGAAAGGCUGUCGAAGGAACUGGAAUGCUUGAUGGAAAAGCAGGCCAAUUAUGAGGAGAUCAAAAACAAAUUGAAACAUUAUUCUAUGCUUGCUGAAAAUCUUUCUACAGAAAAAGAAUAUACCAACGAAGAGAAUAAAGCUUUGAAGAAGAAACUGGAGAAUCUGCAUUCUGUGCAAGAAUCCAUCAAUCAGUUGAGAGUAGAGAAAGAAUCAUUGCGCAAAGAAAUAGAAGCAUUAGCCUGCGUUCAUGAUGAGCAAAUAACCGCUAUAAAAGCAGAGACUGCAUCAGAAAUUCGCAGAGUUCAGUCGUUGAUGCUGGGUCUGAAAGCAGGCACCACUGAAUUGAGCGAUUUGAAAAUUGAAUUGGAAAUGAGACACGCUAAAGAAAUGGAGGAGCUGCGAACAUACUUUGAGCAGAAAUGUCUGCUGAUGGAGAAACAAUAUUCUGAGGAGAUAUUUAGUCAGCAGUCGAAGAAGAUGUCUGACAACGACAGUGAAAUUGCUGAUUUAACUGAAGGUUUAUACUUUGGUGCUGGUGGUGACUGUUUGAAUGUUUCCAAUAUCUCUGGAAAGAGUUCCAGGCUUGGUUCUCCUAUAACGGAUGAUAAUUUAAAACAGAACAGUAAUAGUUUUAAUAAUCAGAGCAGGUCUGAACUGGAGUACAAGACGAACAUGAAGGCUUUGCAACAGGAAUUGCAGAAUAAAAUAAUUGAAGCGCAGGAAAUGAAGUUGAAUUAUGAGAAAGCGUUGGAAGAGCAAAAGAGCGUACACGAAAGGGAAUUGUAUGACAUUAAAGCGAAGGAGAGACAUGAUUUUCUACGAAGUGUAGUGAAUCAGCAUUGUCAAACAGAAUGGGAUGCGGGUGCGUUGGAAAAUGGUGAAUUAACGCAACUACGAGCUGCCUACGACCAUCAGUUGGAGGAACAGAUCGCUCUAGCUAAAUUGGACAUUGUCAAUGCCCUUCAAGAACAAAUUCAGGCUCUUCUAGCAGUUGAAUCUGAUUCCGAAGACAACUGGCCACCAGAAUUGUUGAAAUUGAGAGAUAAACUCACCAACAAUGCUAAACGUGAAAUGCAACAGCUGAAAGAAACCCAUGCUGUUGAGCUGCAACGUUUAAAAGAAGAAUAUUCGCGCAAUGUGGCCAGAAUGAUUGACCGGCAUCAAGAGGAGCUUAAUAAAUUUAGAUUAGAUGGGGCCUGCGAUAACUGUGGAAGAAUAGAGUUAAAUUCAAUUACGGAUAACAAGAUCCUUGAGGAAAGAAAUAGUUUGAAUAAAACAUGCGCCACUCUGAAGUCAUUGAUCGAAGAGCUGAUCAAAUAUUUUGUCAUUUGCGAAGAGGAAGUUAACAAUACACUUAUCACAGAAGUCCUUAAAAGACAGCUAUCCGAUAGCCUGAGUAAUGUGAAAACACAGAAAAUGGAUGAACUUGACGCAUCAAAGAGAAGUCUUGAAUCUGAUACGCUGAACUCUUCUGCGAUGAGGAUCCAGAGAGUUCAUUUUGCUCCGCAAAGUACUGGAAUAGUGUCUAUAAUAAAUAGUAACACCGAGACCUUACCAACCAUAUUGGAAGAAGAUGAAGAUAUAACAGAAAAAUUGAAACAGGAAUUGAACAAUUGUGUGCGCCGUUUGAAAUCCGAGAGUGCUGAGAUUCUUGGUAUUUCCUUCGCUUCCAUAGAAGGUCAGCGUAGUUCGUUUUCAAAAGACACGUGGAUGGAUAAAGUGAACGAAGAGUUGAACUUGAAGCUACGUCAAGCUGAAGCUUUGAUCAUGGGCUACCAAGAAGAAGCAGAGCAACUGAAAGUAACUAUUCUAGACCUUCAGAGAAAAUUGAUCAGUGCAGAGAGCAAGAAAGAAAUCAUUACAGAGGGCUAUGGGGAGAAUGAGGAGAUUGGUACAGAUAUUGCAUUGGAAGACUUUUCGCAGUUGCAUGAGAAAGCGAGGCAUGUAUUAUCAAACGGUGGUGCAGACUGUUCAGAGCUGCUGCAAUUAUUAGAGGGAUUAUGCAGGCACAAUGAUAAAUUAACGGAGGACGCUAAGAGGGAAAGGGAAGAUCUACAGCAACAGCAGGUGCCUUUAGAACCUACUCCUCCCCCAUACAUUCACAGGGUUUGCUGCCGAAAGAUUGAUGCAGCAGAUAAACAAUUAAAAGCAACCCGCAGAUUUUUGGAUGAACAAGCAAGCGAGAGAGAAGCUGAACGAGAUGAAGCAGCAAGACAGAUUCAUCUUUUGCAGGAACAGCUUAAAGAAAGGGAACGAGAGAAAGAGAGAGACUUGCGUAUCUCGUCCGAGCAGUCUCAACUAUCACCUGAAGCAGCGUCAGAGGUCCAUGUGAUUCAAGCUUCUGCCAGCAAAGCAGCUGUUGAAGUGCUCGAGUCUCAGAUGAGAGAGAUGUCAUCUAUGAUGUCUGAUACGGAGGCUAAGAAAACUGAGACUGAGAGUGAACUAAAGGCAGCUAUUGACAAGAUUUGGGUGCUAAGAGAGAUAAUCACUGAGCUGGAGCAACAGCUUCAAAUAAAGACUGAAAAGGAAGAAUCCUUGCAGAUGCAGAUCAAUCAAUUAGAAACAGUGAUUGCUGCGCAAACUAAGAACCAACAUGAACUGGUGCAAGAGUUGGAUGCUGUUAAAAUGGGUAGUGAAAGCAAGCAUCUCAAUGAACAUAUCAAUCAAUUACAGGAGGAGUUAAGAAAGCACAAAUUAAGUUCUGAACAAUUUAAAGUGAACUCCAGUGCACUAAAGCAAAUGAAAGCAGAACUUCGUGACAUGCAGAAUCAGUUGGAUAAGAGAAUCAGGGAUCUAGAAUCGGCGCACAUGUGCAGCUCUAAUUUAAGCCUGAGUCAGCCCAGUGAGGAUGUAUCAAUCAGAGAGCAAAUAGAUGCCUCAAGAUGCCCAACCCCUGACGACCCUACUUCUCCACCAAUGUUGCCUCUUGAUCAGCUGCUCAAACUUAAAGAGAAGAUGUUGAAGCAUGCCAGGGCUGAGGAGGUGGCGUUCAAACGGAUCAAAGACCUGGAGAUGCAGGUUGCAGCUUUCAAGAAUCAAAACGAGGAGCUGCAAGCCGAGCAAGAAAUUCUGCAGCAGACUGCUUCUGAGCAGUUGUUCCAAAUAGAAGCCAUGCGCGGUCGUUUGGAGCAGCACAAACAGAGUGCUCCGUUUGCUCAGAGACAGGCGACGUCUCGUUUGGAGCUGCAGCUUCACGAGGCCAAUGCAAAAUUCCAGUCCCUGGAACGUACGAUCGCUGACAAAGAUUUGGAGCUAAAGGACGUGAGGAGUCAACUGGACAGAGUGAACCAGCUGUUGCAGGAGAAAGAAGCAGAAAUUGCCAAUGUGGUUCAAGUAGAAAGUGCAACGAUUCAGAAGCUCAGAGAGCAUAUUGAAGUUCUUGAGGAAGAGAAGAAGAUCCUGCAGGCGAAGGUCGGUGUUCAGGAGCAUGCUCAGUUAGAACUGCCACGACUGAUAGACAGCAUGCUGGCUGAUAAAAACGAAGAGAUAGAUCAUCUGAAGGAACAGCUGUCCAAGAAAGAGAAGCAACUGGAUCUGUAUUCUUCCUUGAAUUUAGACGAGACUCAAUUACGAGAAUUGGUACGUCAGACGGAAGCAAAGAACAGCGCUCGUACGUUGAGCGAUAUUCUGUCUAUUCAUUCGGAGUGCGAGGAAACUGUAGAGGCUAUUCGAGGCUUAAAUCCAGCUCAAACGCUGCCUAAUGUAUCUACUUUCAAAGUUCCUACUCCUGCUAUUGCGUCCAGAACCGUGGAUGAUUCUGUGCCUUUAAUGGACCUGCAAGUGCCUCCUUUGGAUCUGGGCUCUCACAGCUACUCUCCAACGUCCAACCAACAAUCUGGGAUGAUGGAUUUAUUGCACGGUGGAUCGGGAUCGAGGAUUUCAACUUCUGAGAACCACUUUUCGAAUCCUUCUUCUCAGACGACGCAAGAGAGUACACAGAUGCAGGAAUCGCGCAGACAAGAAUGCAAUGGUAAUAAAAAUGAGAGCAGUAACAUGUCGGUUAAAUGUACACAGACGUCCCUUAACGAGACGAUGAAGGAGGUGGAGGAUUUGGAGAACCAGUUGCAGGCGAUACAAGAGGAGUUACAAAUAAAAUCAAUGAUCCUGGAGAAACGUGAAUCAGAGUUGAUAGGAAUGCAGAAGCUUUACAACGAGCUGCAAGCAGAAUUCAAGGAAACAGUCGAGACACUGUCGAGAGAUAAAUGUUUCUAUCAGAAUCAAUACGAGCUGUCCCAAGUGUCGGAGAACAAAAUAAAGCAAGACCUGCAGGAGGUGGAGAAUGUUUUGAAGUUAAGAACUGAUGAGAUACAGGAGCAGAAGAACAAGAUGCAAGUGAAUGAGAAGAUCAUCAUGGAAUUGAACCAGGAAAACACGAAACUGAAGAAAGAUGUAGAAGAGAAGGAGCAAGAGCAUGCAAGGAAGUACAACAUCCUGUGGCAGGAGAAGAUGGAAGAACUGCAGAAUUUCAGAGCCGCCAUUCUCGAGAAAGACAUCACCAUCGAAACUAUCCAAACGCGGAAUAUCGAGAUCGAGGACGAGAAUAAACAGCUGUACGAAUUUAAGACCAAGUACCAAUCGACGAAGCAGGAGCUGUUGGAAUGCCAGAACGAGAUUCAGAGGCUGACCGAGGGUCUGAACAACAGGGACCAGAUAAUCAGGAGAUUGGAGGAGAUGGCCAGACGUACCAGCUACUCGGGAACCUCUUCUCCGUCCAACGAGAAGGACCAGGAGAUCCAUCACUUGCAGGAAUAUUUGAAGGAAAAGGACAAGGUCAUACGUCAGAUGAGCGACGACAGUAAGAGCUUGCACAAAGCCCUGGAAACGAUACAGAACAAAAUGAAAGAAUCUGGAAACGUGAUUGAACUUAGGAAGAAAUUGAAAGAUGAACGAAAACUGAACUCUGAAUUGAGGAACAUGGUGGAGAAAUUAAGUAAGGAGUUGUUUGAUCUAAAAUCGACUGCCCAACGUUCGCAGGACGAUACCGACAUAGAGGACAUGGUCCAAAGGGAGCUGAACUUGUCAGCGCAUUUGGAUAGGCAAAUAAUGAAUGCCAUUGAGAGUGAUCCAGAAGAGAAGGCGCGCAGAGUGGAGAAUCAAGUCCAGUAUCAAGAAUAUCAAGAGGGAAGACUGAUGGACCUGAAAUUGAAAUUAAGUCAAGUCAACAAGAUCAAUGAAGAAUUGAAGAAAUUGAAGGAUGAUUUAGAGAUUGAAAGAGGUAUGUUAAAGUGCCAGAUUGCAGAAUACGAGGGUCGGAUUUUCCAACUUAAAUCAGAUCUAACAGAGGAAUCAAAGAAGUUGGAGAAACUCGAGGAGGAACUCUCCUCUGAAAGGAAUCUUGUUAGGACUUUGAAGAUUCAGAUUGAAAAGGAGCAUAGGGCGAUGCAGUCUGGACAUAUCCAGGACUCAGAGCUGAUCGAAUUCCUUCAGAACAAGUUGAAGACGUCUCUGGACAACGAGGCUAAGCUACGCAAUGAUCUUUCAACGUUACGUCAGGAGCACAAGAGCUUGGAGAUACAGUUGAGUUUAAUGAAAGACCACGUGGAAUCUCAGAAGACAGAUGAAUUACCAAAACAUGCUGAUUUGUUGGAAGGUGAAAGGAGAAAAUACUUGUCGCUGAUGGAAAAUUUUGAAAAGGAAGAACGAGACAAUGCUGAAUUGAAAGAUACUCUGAAGAAGCUACAGAUGGAGAAGAGUCGAUUCGAGAAGCAACUGGAGGUGGAGGUGGAGGAGAAAGAGAAAUUGAUAAGCGGUCUGGCUCUGAUUGAAGGGAUCAAGGAUCAUCUGCAAACUGACUUGAGGCGUACCAAAGAGGAACUGAGGGCAAGAGAGGAGGAGUGUGAUUGGCUGCAGAAAAGGAUCAAGACUAUGUUGGACGCAGAGAGUAGAAGACAGGAACAAAGAACCAGCGAACAUAAUGAACUGAAGGCACUGAGAAGAGAGAUCAGCAACACCAGAGAAGUGAUGAUGGAUUUAGAGGCUGACAUGAAACAGUCGAAGAGAGAGUUAACAGAGUCCCUUGAACGUGAAAUGAAACUGGCAGAGGCUUUGGAGAAAUUGAAAGAAAGGGAGACUGAUCUUCUGAAAAAAUUGUCCGCUGGUAAAGAAGAGGAGAGGAAGUUGAAGGAUACUAUUCUUGAAUUGCAACAUGAUUUCAGAACCUCUACUAGGACAGAGUCAGAAUCCACUACAGAAUUUAAGAGUAGAUAUACGAAUGAAAAGAGUGUCCCUGUCAAGUAUAUUCAAAAGAUUAAGGAACUCAGUGAAAUUAAUGAAAAAUACAUGAACGAGAUUGGGAUGAUUCAUGAGAAAUUAAUAGAAACACGAGAAGAAAAGGAACAACUUAAUAGAAAAGUGAGGUUACUUGAAGCUCAAGUGAAGCGAAUCAAAGAUUCUGAUAAUGGAAAUCUUAUGGGUCCAAAUUACACAGAAAAGUUGCAACACUUCUAUGGAAAAUACCUGCGAGCGGACAGCAGACGCAAGGCUUUAACGUAUCAAAAACGUUACUUAUUGACCAUAAUCAGCGGUUACCAAUUGUCAGAGGAGAACACGUUAAGCGUUCUUGCUCAAUUGACCAAGGAACAACGAAUUUACACUACCAUGGGUCACAGUAGAAAAUCGCCGAAAAUACGCUUCAAGAGCGCCGUGCUAGUCCUCAUUAGCAUACACAGAAUGAAGUGGUUGAUUUUAAGAUGGAGCAGUGGGAAACGGAUAGGAGUGAAGACAUUGCUGUGGAAUGCUGACCAGGCGUUUGCACAGGUGCCAAAAGUUGCUAUGAAUCAUUCACCUCCUGUUAGAGAAAGGCGUACUACAAAUGGUGAGGGUGGUUUCGAUGGACUUGCGCUUGAACAGUAUUAUCAACGACUGAAGAAUAUUCAACAGACAUUAGGUUUAGCGAUGGCAGAGUCUGGAAGUCGUCCGAUUAUUCCCGAAUAGUAUUAGAAACGUCUAAGUCUUGUAAAUGUUAAGGCAUGAUUCGUACUCUGUUACUGUGAUGGCAAUGUCACGUUGUUUUUUAAUAUGCAACCACUAGCUCAUGGUUUGCAUUGGGAUUGCUGUUUCCAUUUGGCUGAAUGCAAAUGGAAACGAUUGAAAACUGGGCAUUCUGACGAGAAACGUUGUUGAUAAUUGAAUACUGUAUUUUUCUUUACCGAUUGUAAAUAGAACUGUAGCAUAGAAACUACCAGUUGUUGAAGACGCGUUAAGUCCUUGCAUCGUUUACCGCAACACCGUGUGCUAUUGACUUUACUACUACCGUAAAUAAGUUGGUUUCUAAGAACGUGGUAGUGUUAAAUGUACGUGCUGAUAUUAUCAUGUUUUACCAAAGUUAUUAUAGAGUACAUGUAAGGAUACUAUUAAUUAAGGAUACAAAUCUUGUGCCUUCUACAUUAUAAUAAGUGUUUAGUAUUUAUUUAUUGAUGAUCUGUACGUUUUUAUAUUGUGAAUAAAACAUCUGAAUGAAUUUCUAUAAAAUCAAUGAGUUGAUAGGAUUUGAAAGGCAGUGAUUUUUUACACAUUUAUAUAUUAUUGAUAUAUUUAUAUAUAUAUAUAUAUUUUAACAAAAUGUAUCUAUAAUGUUGCCUCUUUAUAUUCUUUAAUAAAUACAGUCGCGUUUUGUACGGUUUGUAAUACUAUCUGAAACGUGCAAAUUGUUUUUAAUAGAUACAUAUACAUGUUUUAACAGCACUUAAAUAUGAUACGAGGAUUCUGGUCCAUUGUAAUAAAAUCAGAACUAAUUUUACAACUGCAAAGAAGGUUUUUCAUCAUGAUAGUGUUACAUAAACGAACAAGAAGUAACACUAAUUAACAGUUGCGAAUAUAGGAAAUUACAUAGAGUUCUAUACGUUUCUUCAACAGUAUCUAAUCACAAUGUGUUGUUGCAAUGGUGUCCGAAGAGACCAAAUGCAACUUCUCAUAGAUGUUAUUUACAUAUGUACAGUGAGAUAUGUGAUAAAAUAUAUAGCGAUUAUUUAGUUUUA